AACCGAAAGGAGUGAAAAACGGCUGACCUGAGUGCAUCCAGAUAAGUUGAGGUGGAUGACAUUCCGACCGCCUUUCCCUGUGGUCAGGUACAGAAAUCCUUCAUCUGUGAACCUGCGGCAGUGGGCCAGACUCAGUGUAAACAAAAGCCGUGUUACUUCCAAACCAACACAGCUCCCUUAUAUACAGCAGACAGAGGACUUUCAUCACUGAUUCCUGCUUUGACCCGAGCUCCUGCCGGUGAAAAUAAAACCCUGCAGUGUUCAGGAUGCGUGUGAUCUCCCAUCUCCUCUUAACCGUUGUUGCUCUCUCGCUGCUCCCGUCCAUCGAGAUGAAGAGACCAGGGCAGGGCAGAGGCCGUAAAGGCGCGAGACAGAGACUUACACGGGACAGGUUAAUGAUGAAGGUUCAGAGGCGUCAGAGCAGAUCAGGUCCUUCUGGGGUUAUGAUACCCAACUGUUCAGAGAUAACACAAUCCGGAGAAGUCUAUGUAGACUGUCAGGACCAACGUCUCACUUCUAUCCCCACCUCAAGUGCCUGGUCCAGAAUACCAAAGCACCUCCUUAUGGCCCGGAACCACAUAAAAGUCCUCCGGGAUGGAUCCUUCCUUGGAUAUGAAAGUUUAACCAGUCUGGAUCUUCAACAGAAUCAGAUCUCUCAGGUGGAGGCAGGGGCUUUUCAAGGCCUAACACAUCUAACGACCCUUCUGCUGCAACACAACCAACUGAGAACGCUCAGUGACGAGGCCCUCAUCCCAAUGGCAAACCUUCGUUAUCUGCGUUUGCACGACAAUCCCUGGAAAUGUCUCUGUCCAAUGGAAAGUCUCAUACGCACUCUUCAAGUCCCAAGUAACCGUAAUCUCGGAAACCAUGCCAAGUGUGCAGAGCCCAUCAGUCUUAAGAACCGGAAGCUGAAGCAGAUUGAUCCCGAGUUACUUUGUAAGGAAUUGGAACCAGUGGGUGACCCAAACGGCAACGUAACACACCCUAUAGAGCCCAGUCCGAUUCGCGGCAAAUCAGACGCCACCAUGCUCUGCUACACCUACAUUUUCCCCCACACAUGGAUAGACUGCAAGAACCAAGCUCUAACUGAGGUGCCCUCAAGUAUUCCAGAGAAUGUUGUUCGGCUCGAUCUGUCCCAUAAUUCAAUCCACCAUCUCAAACCCAGAGAUUUCCAAGGAGCUAGAGGUCUCAGAAUCCUUAACCUCAGCAACAACAACAUGGAGCAGAUUGACACAGGGUCCCUGUCUGGGCUUUUACACCUUCAUGAGCUGGACCUGUCAUCCAACAGGCUGCAUGUUCUUCAGUACGGGGUUCUUGAAGAUUUGUACUUUUUGUCCAAGCUACAACUCGGAGGAAAUCCUUGGGUGUGCAACUACAAUAUCCACUACAUGGUUUACUGGCUACGCCUGCAUCCAGGAGUGAGGCACUCUGGCCUGCUGUGCCAAUCUCCUCUAGAAUAUAUUGAUGAGAGAGUGGAGGACUACAUGGAUUCCUACAACAGAGAGUGUCCUAAGGACAGACAGCUCAGCAGCCCUGAUCAAAACCAAGACACCGAGCUUUGGGGCACACCAAUGGAACUACAAGGAGAAAUAGAGGAAGAGUUGGAGCCAAGCCACCUGAGAGCUCCACAGAAAUACCAGAUCUUUAGACUGGCCUGACUCAAGUGAUUUAAAACAAAAAAAAAGAAGAAGCUAUUUUUCUUAUUUUCUUUCAAUACAGUAAACAGUCUGCAUCAGGUUGACGAGCUGCCUUUUGAUUUUUCAUUUUUACAUUUUGUCAGCAUCAUCUGCUAAUUCAUAAUGUAGACAAUACCACUGGGACUAGUUUGACUAUGAUAAUAAUUUGAGUCAAACUAAUAAUUUUAAACAGCAGGCGUUAAAUUUGACUGCCUAUGGGUAUUGGAAAAAACCAUAAAUAAAGCAAAAAACUCACUGAUAUAUUUUAAGCUGGACCAUUUUAACGAUGUGCAGCUACGCAGGUUCAGGUGGGUCACAAAGGGCCGGUAGCUCUGCAGAAUUUGCUGCACUAUACUGUCUGUUAUCCACUCUUUCCCCACUGAGAAGUUAAUCUGCAGAAAUAAAAACAUUUUAGGUAAACCUUUAACACUGUAAUAAAUUAUAGUAUUCAUCCCCCUUGAGCUUUUUUAGAUUAUGCCACAUUACAACAACAAUGUAUUUUACAGAGAUUUUCAGAAAAUCUGUGGGUUUUGUAGCUUUUAAAAAAAAUGUAAAUCUGAAGAGUGUUGUCUUCAUAUGUAUUCAGCUCACUGAAUAACCCCCCUGGAGAGUCACGUUCUGCUGCCGGUUCAUUGGGGUAAAUCUCUACCAGCUUGCUACAUCUAGACAAAGAAAUUUCUGCUCAUUUCUCUUUGUAAAACAGCUCAUGGUCAAUCAGAUUAGAUGGAGAGCAUCUGGAACAUCAGUUAUAAAGUACUGCCUCAGAUUCUUAAUUAUGUCUGGACUUUGACUGGGCCUUUGUUUAUGCAUAGAUGCACUUUGAUCUAACCCAUUAAUUUUUACCUCUAACUGUAAGUCAUUGUCCUGCCUAAUGGCGAACCUCUGUCCCAGUCUCACGUCUUUUACAGCCGCUAACAGGUUUUCUUCUAGGAUUGCCCUGUAUUUAGUUCCAUCCAUCUAGAUAUCAUGUCUGACCAGCUUCCCUGUCCCUGCUGAAGAAAAGAUUCCCCACAGCAUUGCGCUGCCACCACCAUGUUUCACUGUGGUUAUUGCUUGUUCAGGGUGAUGUACUGUGUAGGUUUUGCAUGUAGGUCAAAAACUUAAAUUUUGGUCUCAUAUGAGCAGAGCAUCUUUCGCACGUUUCUGGAGUCUUCAAACAUGGCCGAUGGCAAUUUGCUUUUUUUUUAUAACUGUCUAUUGGUCACUCAUCCUCAAUGGCCAGAUUUGUGCAGUGCACAACCAUGUCUUGGUAGGUUUGCAGUUGUGCCACAUUCUUCCCAUUUCCAGAUGAUAAAAGAGCUCUGUGUUUAAAAUCUUGUGUAUUUUACAAUCUAAUCCUGCUUCAAACUUCUCAAAAACUUUGAUACUGUCUGCUGUGUUCUUUUCACUUCAUGACAUUGUUUGUUCACUAAUUUUCUCUAAUAAACCUCUGAGGCUUUAAUGAACAGCUAAAUUUAUACUGGGAUUACAUUACAUAGAGAAAAACAGACUAAUCACCAAUUGGGUAACUUCCUAUGCGUUUUUUUGGGGGGAUAUCUGAGUAAAUGUUAGAAAAGUAUGUCACAGUUUUUUAGAUUUUUAUUUUAAAAACUCUUUAAAAUCCAUGCAACAUCUUUUUUAUUAUGUUUAGGGAUCAUUUUUGUUGGUCUAUCACAUAAAAUCCCAAUAAAAUACCCUGGCGUUUGAGGUUGUUACAGUUACGAAGUGAAAAAGCUCAAGGGGGCAUGAAGACUUUGUGCAAGGCACUGUAAAUAUAAUAAAUAUAAGCAGCACUUUCACAGCACAGACCUGACUCCACAACGUGCCUGACUGGACGAUAGAUUUCCACGCACAGCAUACCUUGGCACAGUUUAGCCAGUCCCUUAUUUCCAAAUACUGAAAGAUCUGAGGAAAAAACACUGAUUUACAUGAUCUUAUUUGAUCGGUUAGAAAGGUUUCAGGCAAGAGAUGCUGGCCCAAAAAUUCAGACAAAAACAAUGACGCAACUUUGAUGCUGACAGACUUAUAGUUGUUCCUCUGGGUCUUGAUUUUACAGAAGGAGCUGCUGGCACCCAGACUGGGUCUGGCGUCCCUGCUGCCACUUUUUAAGGUAGCGACAUGUGAACAAGCAGCUCCUGUCUGUUUCCAAACAUAAUCAUGCUGAAGAACUAUUUAUCAGCAGAGGUGUUCUACAGAAACAACAGAGCAAAGCAAUCCAAAAGAGCUCUCACUUUGCCAGCAGCUGUGAAUCCAAAACAAAAACUAAGGCUAAAAGACAAGAGGCAAGCAUGGCUAAUAAUAGACUAGAACUGAAACAAUCGUGAUUAAUAGAUUAUUAAAAUACUUGUCAACUGAUUUAGUAAUUGAAUACUCAUUAACUAGAGUAUACAGACUUUAAAACAUGCCAUUAGCUGAAAGAACAACCUACUCAGAGCAGUAAUUAGCCCAAAAGUGUACAAAAAAUAUAUACAUUUUGCAUUUAAGAUGAAAAACCUUUUUCUGUAAAUAUCAUCUAUCCAGAACUCAAGCGGCAUGGAUUUAGCUUCACCUGGUUCAAAUUCUGUAACAAAUCUUCUGUUAAGCAUCAUUUGCUACCUGAUUAUUAAUCAAUUAAUCAAAAAAAUUGAUUAGCAAAAUAAUCAUUAGUUGCAGCCCUACAAUAGACCAAGUUAAAACUAUACAGAAUGUAAUGUAUACAGAAGAUGUAUAAAUAUACGCAUGACUGUAAAAUUAUAAUGAUCUGCAACAGAGUUCACACAAACUCUUAUGUGAGAGAAAUUAUCUCAACCGCUGAGUUUUUACAGAAGAGAACAGAGCAGCUGCAGUUUUGACCAGAAAACCGGGUUAAUGGUAUUCACCAGCUUGGUGAGAGAUGCAGAGGAGCUACCUUCAAUGAGAGAUGAAGAGGGAGCACUGAGACUCCAUCAACUCUUUCUCCAGUCUGCUGAUCCUUACUGUUGAAUUUGGUGACACUUAGUUCCAGCCUCUGCAAGAUUCAUGUAAAAACAGAAACUGGUCAAGGAGAAAGCUAAGUUUCUUCAGAACACCUUCAUAGGAAAAUCUUUGUUACCUUGAAAUACUCUUUUGUCCUCUUUGAGUCCUUUGCAACGAUUCGCCAUGCAGCAACGAUGUGCUGGAGGCGGCAGGGGUUCACUAGAGUGUGAAGUCUGACAAUAGCAGCUAAAUUAAAGGGAAACAUUUCUUGAACAAUAAACCUGGUUUAACAGAAAAAA